AUGGUCCCCGGUGCCACCUUCGCCCGCGGCCCCGCUGUCCCCGCGCUGUCCCCGCUGCCCUUCCUCCUCCUCCUCCUCCUCCUGCUGGUGCCCUGCCCGCUGCCCUCGCUGGCCGCCACCUUCAAGGUGGCCGUGCUGGGCCCCUGGAGCUGCGACCCGCUGCUGGCGCGGGCGCUGCCCGAGGUGGCCUCGCGCCUGGCGGUGGCGCGGCUCAACCGCGACCCGGCGCUGACCGCCGGCUACUGGUGGGACGCCGUGGUGCUGCCCGAGGCCUGCGCCACGCCGCAGGCCGUGGCCGGAGUGGUCAGCGCCGAGCGCUACGGCAGCGCCAUCGUGGGCCCGCUGAACCCCGCGGCCUGCGGCGCCGCCGGGCUGCUGGCCGCCGCCUGGAACAAGCCCCUGGUGUCGUGGGCGUGCGGCGCGGCCGGAGCGGCCGGAGCGGUCACUCUGGUCAGGCCGCUGCCCGCGCCGGCCGGCGUGCUGCACGCCGUGCUGCGCUACUUCCGCUGGGCGCACGUGGCCGUGGUGGCCGCGCCGCAGGACCUGUGGGUGGACACCGGGCACGAGGUGGCCAGGGAGCUGAGGGCCAGGGGGCUGCCGGUCAGCGUGGUCACCGUGGCCGGAGAGGAGGAGGAGGAGGCCGAGCAGGCGCUGAGGAGGGUCCAGAGGGCGGACGGGGUCAGAGUGGUGCUGAUGUGCAUGCACUCCGUGCUGCUGGGCGGCCGCGAGCAGAAGGUUCUCCUGGAGAAGGCCGAGGACCUGGGCAUGACGGACGGCACCUUCGUCUUCGUGCCGUACGACGCGCUGACCUUCGCGCUGCCCUACCGCCGCGUGCCCUACCCCGUGCUGGCCAACAACACCAAGCUGCGCCUGGCCUACGACGCCGUGCUGACCAUCACCAUCGACUCGCCCGACGCCUCCUUCCACGAGGCCCUGGAGGAGGCCAAGGCCGCCUACGAGGUCCCCGCCAACCUCGACCCCGCCGAGGUCCACCCGCUCUUCUCCACCAUCUACAACUCCAUCUACUUCCUGGCCACGGCGGUGGAGGCGGCGCGCCGCAGCGGCCGCUGGGUGAUGGGCACCAGCGUGGCCGACCACGCCCGCGACUUCCAGCUCCAGGGCUUCUGCCAGACCUUCACCGUGGACCAGGACGGCGACGUCUCGGUGCCCUACGUGGUGCUGGACACGGACGGCAAGGGCCACCACCUGUGGGCGGUCUACGGGCUGGAGCCGGGCACGCGCGGCCUCAGCUACCGCAGCCACAGCCCCCACUGGCCCCACAGCGCCAGCCCGGCCACCGACGCCGGCUGCUGGUUCGACUCGGGCGCCAUCUGCAACGGCGGGAUGGACGCCGGCUUCGUCUUCUUCCUCUUCCUCCUCAUCGCCACCCUCGUCGCGGCCGGCGCCGCCCUGGCCUGCCACAUCAGGCGCCGUCUGCAGCAGGCCCAGCUCAUGAAGGGCCCCAACAAAAUCAUCCUGACCAUGGAGGACCUGACCUUCAUCAACACGCAGAGCAGCAGACAGGUGGACAGCAGCCACGCCAGCCUGGCCGGGCAGAGCGGCGGUGACGCCCGCAGCGCCCACGGCGCCCCCGGGCCCGACACCACCAACGUGGCCGUGGCCGAGGUGAGACCACGCCCACCUUCCUCCUGCAACAACAACCUGCCCCUGCUGCUGCUGCUCUUUAACCAGCAGGGCCUUGUCGCCUCCGUGCAGGGUGACUGGGUGUGGCUGAAGAAGUUCCCGGGGGAGCAGCACACGGAGGUGAAACCGGCCACCAAGCUGGCCUUCUGCAAGCUGCGGGACCUGCGUCACGAGAACGUGAACCUGUUCCUGGGCUUCUUCCACGACUGUGGCAUCUUCGCCAUCGUGUCGGAGCACUGCUCGCGCGGCAGCCUCGAGGACCUGCUGCGCAACGAGGACAUGAAGCUCGACUGGAUGUUCAAGUCCUCCCUCCUCAUCGACCUCAUCAAGGGCGUGCGGUACCUGCACCACCGCGACGUGGUGCACGGGCGGCUCAAGUCGCGGAACUGCGUGGUGGACGGGCGCUUCGUGCUCAAGGUCACCGACCACGGCUACAACCAACUGCUGGAGGCGCAGCGCGUGCCGGCCCCGCCCCCGCAGCCCCACGAGCGGCUGUGGACGGCGCCGGAGCUGCUGCGGGACGAGGCCCUGGAGCGCCGCGGCUCCUUCCGCGGCGACGUCUACGGCAUCGGCAUCAUCAUGCAGGAGGUGAUCUGCAGGAGCCCGCCCUACUGCAUGCUGGGGCUGCCCCCCGAAGAGAUCAUCGAGAAGGUGCAGCGGCCGCCGCCCCUGUGCCGCCCCGCGGUGUCGGCCGACCAGGCGCCGCUGGAGUGCAUCCACCUGAUGAAGGAGUGCUGGAGCGAGCAGCCCGAGAAGAGACCCACCAUCGACCAGGUCUUCGACCAGUUCAAGGGCAUCAACAAGGGCCGCAAGACCAACAUCAUCGACUCGAUGCUGCGCAUGCUGGAGCAGUACAGCAGCAACCUGGAGGACCUGAUCCGCGAGCGCACCGAGGAGCUCGAGAUCGAGAAGCAGAAGACCGACAAGCUGCUGACCCAGAUGCUGCCGCCGUCGGUGGCCGAGGCGCUGAAGAUGGGGACGCCGGUGGAGCCCGAGUACUUCGAGGAGGUGACGCUGUACUUCAGCGACAUCGUGGGCUUCACCACCAUCUCGGCCAUGAGCGAGCCCAUCGAGGUGGUGGACCUGCUCAACGACCUCUACACGCUCUUCGACGCCAUCAUCGGCUCCCACGACGUCUACAAGGUGGAGACCAUCGGCGACGCCUACAUGGUGGCCUCGGGGCUGCCCAAGCGCAACGGCAACCGGCACGCCGGCGAGAUCGCCAACAUGUCGCUGGACAUCCUCAGCUCCGUGGGCACCUUCAAGAUGCGCCACAUGCCCGAGGUGCCCGUGCGCAUCCGCAUCGGGCUGCACUCGGGGCCGUGCGUGGCGGGCGUGGUGGGGCUGACGAUGCCGCGGUACUGCCUGUUCGGGGACACCGUCAACACCGCGUCACGCAUGGAGUCCACGGGCCUGCCCUAUCGCAUCCACGUGAACCAGCGCACGGUGGCCAUCCUGCUCUCGCUGCAGGAGGGCUUCAAGGUCGACAUCCGCGGCAAGACCGAGCUCAAGGGUAAGGGCGUGGAGGACACCUACUGGCUCGUGGGCCGCGAGGGAUUCACCAAACCCAUCCCCACCCCCCCCGACCUCCUGCCGGGCGCGAGCAACCACGGGCUGAGCCUGGACGAGAUCCCGGCCGAGCGGCGCCGCAAGCUCGAGAAGGCGCGGCCGGGGCAGGGCGCUGAAAUAGCCCCGCCCACCAGGUCAGCAGACCCCGCCCACUGCCGCAAACCCCGCCACCGGGUGAGCAGGGACAGAAACCCCGCCCACCAGGUGAGCAGGCCACGCCCACCGCCACAAACCCCGCCCCCACCACAAGCCCCGCCCACCAGGUGA